CAUAGAUAAACACCAUUACGGUGGCGUUGAAGCAGAGAACAUCAGAGUUCGCUAGCAAGAACUAUUCUAUCACGUUCUAUCGCUCGGUUGAUUGAGUAUCGAAUAGUGUUGUUUGUUUUUACAAAAACGCCUAGAACUUUAAACGGUGCGGUGCGCGGUUGAAUAUUAAAACGGUCGUAGUGUUUUGGUGGCCAUUAUGUAGUGGCGGCACGAUGAUACGCACGGAAAUGUUCGUCAAGAACAAAUAACGUGAUGCGUCAUAUCGGACAAGAACCUUGAUCAUUUAUUGUACUGCUGGAGAAUACUAACAGAUCAUAAAAUUUUCUCCAUCAAUAUGAAAGACGCCGAAAAUGUCUCAACAUCGAAUACUUACGAAACUUCACCUCGUUGCCUUAUUUUUAUGGAUCGUCAUGAAAUAUCAGCCAGAAGAGAGGGCUUCCUCUCUCAAAUCGCUCGUGCAACAGUGCCAAUAUGAUACGACGAUUCUAUGUCCUGGAUGUUUUCCCAGACCAGUCAACUGCAGCUUUUUCGAAAACCUCAAAUCCAUCGAUAGUAACGAACUAUUCGAGGAGCUAUUGACCCACUUCAACCAACACGGCGUUCGAUAUGGGACAUUGAGUGGGAGUGAGCAGCGAGUCGUCAUUAAGAAUCUCAAUAAGGAACAUGGAGUAGAAGAAUUGAUUAGUUCGAUCUGUAAUGAUCUUAAAAUAUAUAGAAACUGCCGGCUGAGAAAUAAAGAACCAUAUCUUCGAGUUCUUCGUCAACGUGUACUGAACGACAAUCAACUGGAAGGUGCCAUAUUAUGUCCAUUGAUGGACGAAGAAGCUCUUAAGAGGUUUCUAUUUGAAAUCGAUGAGAAUGAUUUGAAUAAAAUUUUAUUGAUGCGGAUCAAUGCUCAACCAUUGCUUCUGAAGUUGCUGCAGGAACGUAAUUUUCCUGUACCAAAAUUGAUAUUCCAAGGAGGAUUUACGUUAGUGGAGAGUUACGAAGGCGAGGCGUUAGCCAAGUAUUAUGAUAGACCAUUGAACGUAAGACUGUUGAUAGCUAAUGAAUUGAUUAAGGCUAGUCUGAAUUUCACUGCAGGAGUAGACAAUUUCAGGUUCUACCUAACGGACAUAAGUCCUGAUAACAUUGUCGUUAGCAUGUCUUCCGAAGAAGAGAUUAAAGUUACCUUUGUAGAUCUGAACAAUGUGAUUAUACUCGACAGCCAUAGUAAAAGACUGAAACCAUCCAAGCAGAAACACGUGCAUUCUCGAAUCGACUGCGAUGGUUGUUUUGCCUAUAUUCAAGAGGAUAUUUGUGUUCAUCAAAUUAGCGACAUCAAUUUGUUUGCAGUUUGUCAGUUACUUCUCGAAAAUCUAAAUGGAGAUAGCAAAAGGGGCUUCCUCCACAGCUUAGGAACUGACUCCAAGCUAGAAGCUUUUCGAAAGCUAUUGCACCAAUGCGUUUACUGCCAACCGCCUUAUUGUGAGGAUCGUCAAGAAGUUCUUCAAAGGAUAAUGGAAAUAAUACAUGAUGUGUUGCACGAAGUUGUAUAAUAAAUAUUGAUUACACUAGUUAACUUUAACUA